AUGGAGAGCGUGCGUGAAUCUUCAUCGCGAAGACGACGACAGCACCCGCCAAUAACCACCACAGCUACUACAACCUCGAAGACGUCAAGGUCAACACCGCGUCGGCGGCGGAGGCAGCCACGUCCCCCCACUCCAACCCCCACAUCGGACGACGAAGCACAAGAGACACGCCCAACGAUUGGGCGAGAUGCCGCCGCCUACAUGCGACAGGCGGACGCCGGGAUAGGGACGAGACGUGUCUUGGAGUUCGCGCGCGGUGACGCUGCUCUGCGGGAGUCUGCGGCGGCGUUAUCAGGGGGCACCGCCGAAUCAUGGAUGAGCGGUAGCGGAGGCGGAGGCGACGAGGAAGGGUUGGGCCUUCUGCGGCAGCAGCUUUCAGCGGUGCAACGGAUACGGAUCGAGCACGAGCGGAAAGACGCGACGAUUGCCGCGCUGAGGCUGGAGGCGAGUGCCGACACCGCGCGUCGCUGUACUCGCGAGGAAGAAGCCUGGAGGAAGCAGCUCCGGGACAUGCAGGAGCAGUGCCGGGCGGAGAGAGAUCGUGCUGAGGAGCUGGCAGCGUUGGAACCCGCCCUUGCCAAGGCCAGGUCGGAGGCGGUGGCGGCAGCGGCAGCGGCAGCGCGGGACGAGGCUGGUCGCGCGGAGGCCGAGUUUCGUGCGGGAACCAUCACGGAGAGGCUCAACGCGGAGAUGGAGAGGGAGCGGGCGAAGUCGAGGGGUUUGGAGGACAAGUUGCGGGUGCUAGAAGAGGAACUGGCCGGCGCGAACAGGCUGAUCCCGGAGGUGAAGUCGAUACAGGGGGCCAACGAGGCACUGCGCGCCGAGCUCGUGGUCGCUAGCGAGCGGCGCUCGGAGGUGGAGCUGGAGCUGGCGCAGCUGAAGGUGUACCGUCCGCUCGUGGAGCGCGCGGACUUCAUCGACCGGAGACGGGUCGCCGCCGAGGAAGGGCUGCGAGCGGCCACGGCGGAGCUCUCUCGGGAGAGGGAUGCCCUGGCGGCGGCGAAGGACGGGGCCGCGGAGCUCCGGCUGGCGCUGGAGCGACGGGAGUUAAGGCUAGCGGAAGCUGAGGCGGAGGUGUCGAGGGCCGCGGCGGAGGCGGCGGCGGACAGAGCUAGCGCGGAGCUGGGGGAUAUUCGCGGUUUCCUCGUGGAGCUGUCGGCACUGUUGGCGCGCAGCAACGCGGAGGCGGCCAGCGAUGGGGAGGCCUCCCCUGGUUGGAGCACGAACGGCAGCAGCACCAUUCCCCCGUCGGCCAGCGAUGCGCCAGGCGCUGGUGCUGGUGCUGGUGGUUGCGUGAAGGUCGUCGCCGCCAUCUCGGCGGGGGUGAAAGGCCUGCUGGCUGAGCGAACGGUAGCGGCCAGCGCUCUUCGUGAGCUGGAUAACCGCUUUUCGCAAGGAAAGAGAGAGGCGGAGGAGGCGAGCGCGGACACUCGGGACCGCGACACGGCGCACAGGGAGCAGCUGGUGGAGUUGAGGAGCUGGUGCGAAUCGGAGGUGGAGGCGCAAAGGCGGGCGAAGAGAGCGGCCCAGACCGCCGCGGACUGCGCCCUCCGCGACCUGUCGACCGCAAGGAGGCUGAUAUCGGACUUUGAGAAGGAGAAGGCGAGAAUCUCGGGCAACGCGGUCGCCCUGAACGCCCGCCUAUCGACGGUUACCGAGGAGGCGUCUGCGGCGAAGAACGGCCUGCGGCUUCUCGCGAGGGCCUGCUGGCCGCUGCUAGAGCGCUGCCGUCUGCUGGCGGAGCACAAGCGGCUGCUGGCGAAGUGGCACGACUCUUCGGCAGCGGCGGCGGCAGAUGGGGCGGCGGCGGCGGCGAGAAGAGGAGGCGGCGCCAUGUUAGGCGCGGUGGCACGACGACCAAGAGCGGGAGGUCGUGGGGGUGGGGUGGGGGGCGGCGCAGCAUCGACGGAAGCGGCAGCAGACGCAGCAGCUCCUGGUUCCCAGCAGCCGACCAUGGUGCUGAUUAUCGACGGACUGAGGUCUUUGGUCGACGCCCUCAGCCAGGACGGCGAUGAAGAGGAAGGUCAGGCCGGGAGAGGGCUCGGGUCCGAGAACGGGGGAGGGGACCCCCCCGCGCCGGCUUCGCGUGCGCACGGCACUCCGCGGAGACCGGGGUCAAGCGAAGGCGGCGGCGGUUGCGGUGAGGUCGGAGACACGGCAGGGAACGUUCACAACCACCAGCACCAUGACAAGCGGCAGCAGCGGCGGCCUCUGGUGUCCCUUCGCGCGACCUGCAUCGCCGCCGUGGCCGUUCAGCGGCUGGUGCGGCUGGCCGCGUGCCGAGCGUCGCGGAGAGAGGCUGCGAGGGCGGCGUCGGCGGCAGCAACCGCAAACAGCAGUCAACCCGACCCGCCACCGCCACCAACAGCAGCAGGCGGUCGCCCGAGUCCAUCGCGACACGGGGACGCCGGCAUCGGUGAGGCCAUCAUCCCGCUGGGACCGCGGGGGUCGGGCGGCGGCAGCGGCGGCGGCGGCGUGCCCAUGCUCCUCGAUACCCAGGUCGUCUCGCCCGGCUCGAUGUCGCUCGCGUUGAUGUCCCUCCUCGGUGACCACAGCAAGGACGGUACCGGCGACCCGAGUCAGGCAGGCGGCGUGGCUUGCCGAGGUGACGGUGGCGGCGGCGGUGGUGGUGGUGGUGGUGGCAGCGGCGAUGGAGAGCGGUGUAUGGGGCUCCUGGGCGCGCUGGUCGUCGUCGACGCCGGAAACAUCUCCUCCGCCGCCGCAACAGGAGAAUGGUUCGGAAGAGGAUUCGAAGGGACGGCGGUGGAGACGGGUGCGGCGAGAGAUGCCGCUGGCCGGACGUCGUUGCUGGAGGUGCUUGCGGGAGGGCAGGUCGGCCACUGGCGACGAGUUGAGAAGCGGGGCUUGGUGCCUUGGGCUGGUAGCGGCGGUGGUAGCGGGAGCGAUCCCCGCCUGCUGGGUGGUGCGUCUCGAGUGGUGGCUAGCCGAUGCGCAAGGCACCACGGACAAGACGUUUGGAAGGCCUGGCAGGAGCGCGCCGCGGCCGAGGAGGCGUGUUCGCUCCUGGGGGCCACGCGGAGGGGAACAGCCGCGCUCGCGCGUCUGGCCGGGGAGGCCGAGCGCCGGUUGCUGGAGAGCGAGGCUGGCAGGCUGCAGGCGAAGGCCGAGGUGGAAGCCUUGGAGGCGAGCAAGCAGGCGCUGCGCGUGGCUCUCGAGAAGAAAUCCGAGCUGGUGUCCUUCCUGGAGGAGCGGGUGCAGAUGAUGGAGGGAGAGGCGUCGGGCACGGUGCCUGCCGCCGCGCUAGCCGGCACCGAGAAGGCGCUCACGGAGUCACUUGCCGAGGUGGAAACCUUGCGUGUUCGAUCAGCCUCGCUCUACGCAGAGCUGGCCGAGGCAUCUGCGCAGAGGAAGCGAGAGGCACGGCAGGCGCGCAAGGGAGCACAAGUGGCCAACCAGGAGAAGGUGGUUGGACGAGUUGAAGGGCUUUUUUUUCGUUUAUAG